ACCCAUCAACAUACACACACACAUUUCUCUACCAAACAUAGAACUCCACACACACACUUUAUCACUGGACACCAGCUUGUCUGCACCCCUUCACCCUGUUAAUGGUCACUCCAGUGAGACUUUUUCCCCUGAUGGCCCAAGUCCUACGGCUGACCCCUCAGACAGCAGGAGUGUGUGUGAUGGAAGUGUGUUAGAUGGGAGUGUGUGUGAGGACUCUGUGUGCUCCCAUGUAUUCAACCCACCUAGCCCAGCACCCAGCUCUCCCCACUCUCAGCCUCCAUCCCCUUCUUAUGACUCCCCUAGUCCUCUCACCCCAGUCUCCCCCUGUUCUGACCAGUCUGACUUCUAUGGCCCUAGUAGUCCUAAUGCUGACAACAGAAGUUUGUCUGAGGGGAAUGACCCUAAUGACCUUUACAUGACCCCUGGUGACCCUUUGACCCCCACCGAGAGGUCAAGGGCUAGGACUGUGAGGGCAGAGCUAGUGGAGGUGAAGAACGAGUCGUCUGAGAGCGAAGGGAACGAGGCAGAGGAGGAUGAGGACACCAUAAAGAAGGAAGAGGAGACCAUGAAGGAAGAGGAGGAAAGCAAGAGGGAGGAGAGCAAUGAGAAUAACCUGGUGGAUGAUGUGUUUGAAGAAUCCAGAGUGGAACCUAGAAUGUUAGAACAGAGAAUGGUUGAACCUACAGCGCAAACUAAAAUGGUGGAACAGAGAACAGUUGAACCUCCAGUAGAACACAGAAUGGUAGAACCCUCGUUAAGAGAGUGUGUGGAGGGAUUCCCUGACAGUUCUGAGGUGAGAGAGAAGGAAUCAGGGAGAGACAUGUUCCAGCAGGAGAUAGAAUGGAGGGAGGGGCAAAUGGAGGGAGAAAGCAGACAGUAUAGAGAAGAAGGGACGACAGGAGAGAGUAAGAUGGAGAACGAGAAGGUAGGGACGGAAGAAAGAGAUGAGGCAGGAGAGCAGGAGAAAGUUGAGGAUAGAGGAAGCAUGUGCAAUAAGAGCAAAGAAGAAGAAGAAGAGGAGAGAGAGGAGGACGGGAACGAGAAGGCCGGAUUGGAGCCAAGAGAGGAUAGGGUGAAGGAGGAAGAGAGAGAGGAAGAAGAGAGGAAGUGCAGAUGGAGAGUGGACGUGAAGGAUGAGGACAAAGAGAGAGAAGAGAGAGCGUGCCCCGAGAGAGGAGAGGAGAAGAAUGGAUCUGCCAUCAUCCUUGGGAUUGAGAACGAGGCCUUCGCGGAAGACAGGGAACGGGACUCGGAGUGUCGUCAUGGCGAUUGGUUGUGUCCUAGAGAGGACUCAGAAAGAUGUCCAACUCCGGAUCCAGAGGAGCAGCUCUCUGCUGAAUAUGAGGAGAUUCCCGGUCUUCCUCAUGAGGAUGAUGAGGGUUUUGCUAAGACAAGGAAGGUCAAAUUCUCUACAGCACCAAUCAAGGUGUUCCUUACCUACUCAAAUGCGGACUAUGACAGGCAUAAUGAUGAUGUUGACCCCGUGUCUGCCUCUGCUGAAUAUGAAAUGGAGAAGAGAGUGGACAAGAUGGACCUCCUCCCUGUCCAGAUAGAGAAAGGAGACGAGGGUCUGGGUAUCAGUAUAAUAGGGAUGGGGGUAGGGGCUGACCAGGGUCUGGAGAAGCUGGGCAUCUUCGUUAAGACCAUCACAGAGAACGGAGCUACACAACAGGACGGACGUAUCCAGGUGAAUGACCAGAUAGUGGAGGUGGAUGGGGUCAGUCUGGUCGGAGUCACACAGCUGUUUGCUGCCACUGUGCUGAAGAACACCAUUGGCACUGUCAAGUUUUUGAUAGGCCGGGAGAAGCAGGGGGAGGAGAGUGAGGUGGCUCGUCUGAUCACUCAGAGUCUGGAGCAGGACAAGAGACCACCUACAGUGGAGUUGCUAAAUGGAGGUGAUGAUGGUGGUGGUGCUCUGGGGCUGAGCACAGUGGAUGAGAGAGAGGAAGAUCUUCUCCUUACAGAGGAGGAGGAGGAUGAAGAGGAAGACAUAACCAGCCUGGACUCAGCCCAGCUCUGCUUUAAAUACCAACAGCUCCAGUUAAAGCUCAGGACCAGAUCAGACCAACUCUGCCUAGCCCGGGAGAAGCUGAGGGUUUGUGAGGAGCAGUGGGCCUCGUGGGAGAGUCGUCAGGAUGAGCUGGAGCGGAGUGUCCAGGAAGGAGAGGAGAAGGCUGACAAACUAGAGAAGUACUGGCAGGAGGCCCAGGCUCUGUGCAGGAUUGUGAACCAGCGAUUGGCUGACACUCAGAGCCAAUUCGACAGCCUAGAGGUCAAAUACAGCAAGGCCAAGAGACUGCUGAGGGAAUUCCAACACAGAGAGAAGGAGAGUGAGAGGAGAGAGGAGGAGCUGCAGAGAGAGAUGGAGGAGACCGAGAGGAGACACAGAGAUACCGUGGAUAGACUACAGAGACAGAUAGGUCACCUGGAGCGAGGGGAGGCGGUCCCUGAGAUCGACAACCAAUCACUGGACACCUCAUUUACCUCAAGUGCAGACUGGAGCAUUGUGGUGCCUGAGACGGGUCGGUUGGAUACCAGUGCUCACAGGGCCAGAGCACAGCUCGCCCAGAAAGCCAAGAGACACCCUCCCUCACGAGACAAACUCAGAGAGUCCUUCAGGAGACAGGGUGAGGAAGACCAGACUCAGGCCUGUGACGAGAAGAGACAAUCGCUGACUGCGUGCACACCCCGAGAGGCGGGACGUUCUGUCUCAGCAGGAGGUGACCGUGUCCACUCCAGCACCUCCUCUCUGUCUGCCCUCACCCCCCAGUCCCAUCCACCCUCCUCUCUCCUCACCCCCCAGCCAGGCCAGUCUCCUUCUAAAGAGGACAACUCUUCUACCACACACAAAUCAAAGAGAAGAUUCCCUGACUUCAGCAGCCUCCGCAAGUCUCUGAGCAGAGGGAGGAAGAGUGAGAAGGAGAAGAACAAGAGAAGGUCCCUGGAACACAGGGGUUCGUGUGGUGACCUGGUAGAUGACUCCAGCAGUGGCGUGUCUCCCUCAGGCUCUGUCACCUCCAUGCCCUCCUGCCUGCCCUUCUCCUGGUUUGGGGAGCGAGGACGGGAGAGACUGAAGAAGGAGAGAGAGAAGCUUAGGUCGGUCUCCAGCAGCAGUCUACCCUACAUGACCACCGGAGGCAGUAGAGACUGCCAGAGACUGAGUGUAGCAGAUGCAGGCAGUACCAGCUCUGCUCUCCUGUCAGGGAUGCUAUCAGAUAUGUCUCUCUCUGGGCGCUCUCAAACUCUCACCUUCUCCUCCUCAGAGACUCUGGAAGAUGACUCUGUCCUAGUUGGUAACAAUAAUCAAUGGCAAAGCCAACCCCUGGACCAAUGGACCAAUCAGCAGGUCUGUCUGUGGUUGAUUGGCAUUAGCAUGGACCAAUACGCAGCCGAGUUCACGGCCAAUGGUGUGGAUGGGCUGCAACUCCUCAAUCUGGACAACAACAAACUCAAAGCUCUGGGGGUGUGUAGUCAUAGUGACCGUGCUGCUCUGAAGAGAAGGCUGAAGGAGAUGAGGAAGACUCUGGAGAGAGAGGAGAGGGCGAAGGGAAUGGAGAGAGAGGAAAAGGAAAGUGAGAAGAGGAAGAUGGAGAUAGAAAGCAGAAGGAAGGGGAAGGAAAGGGAGAAGAGGAGCAAUGAGAGUGAAGGAAAAGAGAAGAAGAUGGUGGAGGGAAAAGAGGCCAGAUGUAGUGGUAAAAAGGUCAGAACAGAGUCACUCUGCUGAAGUCUGCACACUGAUCUCUGACCCCUAAACCCAGAAAUGUUUUAUCUGAUAAGUCCUACUACUAUUAGGCUCAUCUCAUGCAUUCCAGUCUUUAGACAAGCAGCUAUAGUCUCUAUUAUAGUCUCUCUAUCAGCAAAGAAAUGUCUUACUGUAAGUCUUCACCGCGGCUGGUGAAAUAUAGUUUUUAUUUAUUUUUUAAGUGUUUGUUGCUAUGUACAGACGUUUCUAUAUGCAUGUUGUACAGUUGAUGGCAUUAAGCACUAGAUUGUCUUUUAAGCUGUGAAUGUUUUACAUGCAUUAAUAAAUAAUGUUUCAAAACUUA